GUGCAUUUCCGCUGCUAACCACAAGAGGCUGCAACAUCACCACUGACUUGUCAUGUACCGUCAAACUCAAUAGGUAAACAGUUAAGCGUUCCUAUUCUAAUUUACAGUUUGUGUUUAAGAAUUAAUGGCUGAAUUCACUUUCUUUUCUGUCGUUUUUAAUCACCAUCAUAUUUAAUUUAGCUGCUCGCUUUAAUAUGAGCCUAUUCUUUUUCAGGAUGACCAAAUACUAUCCGUGACAUCAUCUCGCGUUCUCUACACAAUAGUGGCACGCGGACAAUCUACAUCAUCACCGUGACGCACUCACUAGCAACCGUCCACAACACUUACAGUGUGUUGGAAACUACUGCGAGCUUCACUAAAUUCAGCCAACACGACAUGGAGCAGUUUCCACCGAAAUUUAGUAAAGUGCUGGUGACACCUGACCCGCAGUACAUUCCAGGGUAUGCAGGCUACUGUCCUCAGCUGAAGUAUCAUGUGGGCCAGACAUAUGGUCAGUUAACAGCAAAGCUCCUGACUUCUCCAGAUGUGUCCCACUCACAGAGGCUUGUGCUCCAAUCCGGCCACUUCCCAUCCACAGAGAAUGACACCGGGCCGAUCAGCGAGAUCUGGAGGAGCCAACAUGAAGGAAGGAGGAACCUGGAGAAAAUGAUACCAGGAUACACAGGUUUUGUACCAUUGCGUCAAAACUACUUCUGCAAAACAUAUGCAGAAACGUGUCGAGAGGCGCUAUUAGAUUUUAACCAGAAACAAGAGAGAAGGCUUCGUGCAAUCUCUGCUGACCUGCCUCCUGCUGUCAACAGCAGUUUCCCAGACUUCAAACCUAGAAGGUUGAACACACCUCUGAUAGCCAUAUCUAAAGAUCCAGCACCGUAUAAGUCCCCGGACCCCUGGAAGCCUCAAGGCUCUCCGUACCUCAUGGAGGAUAGCAGCCCACAUAAGUAUUUCAUCUCAGGCUUUACUGGCUAUGUCCCAAAAGCCCGGUUCCUCUUCGGGGCUGGAUAUCCCAUGACCACCAAUAAGGCACUGAUCCAGUUUGGCAAGGAAAUGAAAGCAGGUCAAACUUCCCUCGGCUUGCCAGAGGAGGAGACUGACAGCUUGCCUAUGAUCACCACAAUAUACCCCUCCAAAACAGGUCUCCUACCCUGCUACACAGGGCACAUACCAGGAUACAGGUUUCAAUAUGGCCAUACAUUUGGACAGCUCACUAAUAAUGCUUUGGGUCUGACUGGUACACAGAGGAAGAAAAGUGGGGAAAACAGACUGAAUUGAAGACUCAACUGAAAACAGUUAUUACACCCAACACAUCUAAGGGCAAAUAAAGGCAUUUGGUCAGCUAACAAGCAACAUGUUGUAGCUGUUGAGUUUAACCAAAACUCUUGUUUCUAUUUAUACUCUGGGUCUAUUGAAUGGUUGAUUUUGAUUAGUUGAUGGACUUUCUAAGGUGUGCAAUUAUUUUUCAAGUAAACUAACAGCUAUGAAGAAGUUCCAGGCAGGGGGUAGAUGGAGCGAUUGGGGGAGGUACUCGUUCCAUAUCACUCUUAUUUCAAAGAGCUGUACAGGCUACCACAACAAAAUAACCAAUUAAAACAAAGACACUGGUUAAGUACAUCAGAUAAGAAUGGUAAACAAUGUCUAUAAUAUCCUAAAUUUAUUUAAAUUUUGAUUGAAAAGUGUCUCUCUCUUUCGCACUCGUCUCACACACACACACACACACACACACACACACACACACACACACACACACACACACAUAUCGAGACUCGAGUUGCAACCAACAAAUUGAGCCGCACCCCCUGUGACUUGUUCAAUAUAACAG